AUGGCAGACGGUUUAGACAAGAGAAUAAGUGGACUAGGUCAUGGGGCUCGAGAAUCAUCAUCCUCAUUUGAUAAUGCCCCAGGAAAUAGGGGAAGUAUAGGCCAUGGUCAACACCCAAGUUUUGUGCGUAAUUCUCGCACUUGGAGAACGGUCAACACGAUUGAUACUGACGCUGAUAAACAUCGAAGUGCGACGAGUGUAUACUCAACCGCCGCAACCGAUCUCCUAAAAUUUGGAUACACAACUGUUUCACCAACUGCAGGCAAGGAAAUGACAAGUAUCAAAACAGUACCUAAAAGUCCUCGACCACCAGCACCAAUCUGGGAACAGGAGACGGGAGGAAGUAGUAGGAUGUCCUACAACGGCAUUAACACUCGACCCGUCUCCCGACGCGGCGGCGUUUCUCCAUUUUUCGGCGGUGGUGGAAUGGCCUCAGUCCGUCGAAAAGCAAGAAGAAGUUAUGCGGAUUCUCCCACUGUUCCUGAAGAAGUACAUAUAGGCAAUGAAGUCAAAGCCGCCGGGACAGGAAUCAAUAAUGAUACAUUGGGAAUAACAUAUCCUAAUGGCUAUUCCAGCGCUAAAGAAGGAACGCGGCAAUUACGUUCUUACAUUCAAGCUACGUUUAGUAAAUCGAGACUUAAGGGCAGCGAUAGUUUGGCGAGUAUGGAUAGUCGUUUUGAGAGUGUUUCGAAUAGUAUGCAGGAAUUGCAGAUGAAAGGUGACGCGAAAAGUCAGGGGGAUGUAUCGCAGAGUCAAAGUCGGCAUGCACAACUUCAUGAGAUGGAUAGAAGAGAACGGGAAAUGGGAACGGGAAGAGGAGUAAGACAAGCAAACAUAGAAACGGAGACGGGAAGCGAUGUCUUUCCCAGUGAAUUCAGCGCAGGUAGUUGGGAAAGUAUUGGUGAAAGCACGGAUGUGGAUUCGCAGCCGAAUUUCAUUAGGCAUGGAACCGAGGGGACAGUUCCACAGGUACCCCAACUCCCUGCUCUUGGUUUAGGGAGUAGUGGAACUGGUACUGAUGGUGGUAUUGGAGCAAGAGGAAGAAGUAAUACACUCGCCAUCCCCUCCUCUCCUUUCCUUCCAAACCCUUUUACUCCUGACCUGGGCGCAUCCGAAACGCAAAGCGCAUUUCAAAAUCACUCUUUUCGGCGCUCCACAGAAACGGACCUCAAACAGAAUAUUCAGCGAGACAAAAACGAAAGGGAUAGAGAAGCUCGAGAGGAAAGUCCAACGAUAGGGAAUCUAAUGGUAGGCCCUAAUGCACGAAUGGUAAUGGGAGCGGGAAGGAGACCAAUUAGUGUGGAUACGAGGGAGAAUAAGAGGAUCAGUAGUACGAAGGCGAAGAUCCGAAGGCAUGGGGAGGGUGGGGAGAGUGUGGUUAUGCUCGGGAGUUUUGGGGGAAGUGUGGGGGUUGCCAGUCCGCCACCUAGUAGGGGCAAAGGUGGAGGGGGAAAUGGGAUGGGAAUGGGAAAAAGUUAUAGAGGGAGUGAGGGAGAUUUUAGUGCUUAUAUUUAA